AUGUCAACUUCUAUCGCUGAACUUGAAAGAAUUCACUUAAGAUUUAUCAAUGUCAAGGAUGAUCUUAAACUCACAGAGAUAUUGUCUAAAAUUUUACCAAAUAUGAUAAACGUAUUUUUUGAGCAUGAUUUGACUAAUGCUGAUCUUUAAAACCCUAAAAUCUAGGCACUAGAGUAGAUUCUAAAUCAUCUUGUCAUGAGAGUUAAGAAUUCUUAGUAGGUAAAUCCACCUUGGAAUCUGCUUAUAGAUAUCUUUAAUCAAGAUGCUUAUCAAAACUUUGAAAAUGUAAAUGUAAAGAGACAUGCACAAACAAGGAUAUUUGAAUUCAUUUUCGAAUCUUAUAGUAGAAUUCCUCAGACUUAGGAUGAAUCAUUUAUCAUGAUCCUAUUGCAAACCAUUGCAAAUGAUGAUGUGAGAUUCCUCCAGAAGACUAAGCUCAUCAUUUUACUAGUACAUAGAUUCUUAGGAUACUUGAAAGCAUUGUAAAUGGAUAAACUAGCUCUACUUGUUAAAAGUCUAUUGAGUGAUGAACUAAAGAAUUCAUUUUUACAAAUGUGUCUCUAUUUCUUAAUCAACACUAUUCAUCCAACAAGUCUCUAACCAUCAUUGAGAGAUAGCUUUGAAGAAUCAAUUGAAAUGUUCUCAGACAAAUUCAGAGAUACUCUUAAGGAAACACAAACAGUAUUCCUAUAGAAUUAUGAGGAGGUUGUUCUUAAGUUUACUGGAACUCAAAUCAUUUUUACCCCAGAGGAUUAAUUACCAAUCCUUCUUAUUGCUUCUUUAAGUCACAUAAACAAAACAAGAGACUUUGCAGAAUUAAGCAUAAGAAGUGUUUUCCCAGCAAUUGAUACAAAGAAUUAGGAUAUGUCUGAAAAGAUCUAUCAUCUAAUAUUCAAUGAGACCUACAUCUAUAGAGAUUUUUCAGAAAGAGAAGAUUAGCAUAUUGCUCCAUUCCCUUUCCAACAUUAGAUUAAGUUAAUAGAGUAUUUAAUCAAAUUUGAGUGCUCUGCAUCAUAAAUGCAUAUGAUAAGAUUUAACAAUCUUUCAAAUGAGGAAACUGUGUCUUUCUUGAAAUAGACUCUCUUAAAAAUUUUGAAUGAUGGUAGUUUUACUGAAGAUACAUAGUCAAUGUCUAUUUAAGUAAUGGCUGAUAUGGGAGUCAAAAACUAUGCAGCUAUUAAUGAUGACAUUGAUGUUGCUAUUGACACCUUUUAAAGACUUAGAGGUAGAAUUAAUGAAUUAGAAAACGAUGGAAACUUAUCAAUUAGAAAUGACUAUGCAGCUACAAAUUACAUUGAAGCUUUAAAUAAAUUCAGAGACUGCUAUGAAAGAAAUCUAAAUGAUAACAACAAAAGAAAUUUACUUGAACAAUAUGUUCUGAAUUACUUGAACAAAGAAGGAAUGAGAUGCAACAGUGAAAUAGUAUACCUCUUAUAUCUCUAUUUAAGUCGUCUAGAUAGAGGGUCUCUCAUUUCAUCUGUGCUAUUGUACAGCAUAAUUCUCAAAGAUCAUCAAGAUAUAAAGAUUAAGAAUGAAGCCUUCCAUUAAUUGAAUAAGUUUAAUAAAGACUUUGAAACUCUUAAGAAUAAAAGAAUAUUAAGACCAUUCUUAAGAGAUAUAGAAUCUUAUCUAAGUAGAAAUAAGAUGGAUGUCAUCUGCAAUAGCUCGGAAGAUGGUCUCAAAGAAUUUUUGACUUUUGCUGGAGUUUAGUUCAAUUAAGACAUCAUAGAGAGACUUCUUGAGAUCACCUAGUAUGCAAUCAAGUUUUAUCAAGCUGAAUAAUAAGACAAAGAAAAUCUUAUGGAUUUAGAGGAUCAGCAAGAAGUUCAAGAGAAAAUUGAGAGACUACUCACAAUGAACAUAAAUCAAAACUUUACUUUAGUUAAAUCAGAUUUUUCCCAGCCACUAAAUAUGAUAUUCGAGUAUCUUAAGAAUUCAAAAGCAAUGGGAGUAUUAAGAACAAUAGGCUUAGAGCUUAUUUACAAACUAUCAAUCGGCUCAGUCAAUUUAUCUUAAAGAGUCCUAUCUAUGAAAAUAAUAAUAAAAGUGCUUAAAAGUUUAUCAGAAGAUUAAGAUUAUAUUUCAAGAUUUAUGAAGGUCUUAGAAGAUCAAAACUCUACAAAAGAUAAGAGCUUUGAUAAAUUAUCCCAUGAGGUUAAGCUUAAUACUAUUUUUUCAGUUACUGUUCAACUUCUUUUCAGAAAUUAGGAAGAUAAUGUUGGAGAAGAGUUAAGGAAAAGUAUGAAUGAUAUAGUUGAUAAGAUACUACUAGAAUAAAGCCUCUCACCAAAUAUCAUGGAAUUAAUGAAAUUUACUUCAGUAUGUUUAAAGAAAUUAGGCUAGGUAUAUGACCUUGAAAAUGAAGUGCUAGAGAGAGAAAAAAUAGAUAAGAUCAAUGCUAGUCUGAUUGAUAAGAUAAAAAGAAGUGAUAUUGAUAUCGUAUUCAGGAAAUAUCUACACAUGUAUGCAUCUGAAGGAUAAAUAGUAAUUUAUGCAGAGGAUUUAACAGCAAGAGUCUUUAAGCCCCUAGGAGGUGAUAUAACUUUGAUAUACAAAAGAAAUUGCACUACAUUCUUGUAUCAAGUAAUAGAAUUAUAUGGAUAAAAGAGUAAAGCCAUUCAAGAGAGAUUCCUAACUUACUAAAGAGUUUUUAUUAAGUUCCUUUUCGAUAGAAAGACAUCAAUGCAAGAUUUGAGCUCUAAAGCUCUAUCAAAAAUAUACAAUCUUGGAAAUAGUGAUGUUAGAGUAAGGCUUGUUGAAUCGUUAUCUAAGACUCUCUCUGGAGAAAAGACCAUUAAUGAGCAUUAAGAAAAGGAUGAAAAUAAUGAGCUACUAUUAGAGUUUUAAGAUAAUACUUCUACAGAACAGAGAGAAAAGCUUAAAACUUAUAAGGACCUUUGUAAUAUUGCUGUUGAUCUUGGUCACAGAGAGCUAAUCUAUUAGUUUUUAGAAGUCCAUAGACACAUGGCUCACUAUGAAGAUAUAAAAAACGCAGCCAAAGGUCUCAGCAGUAUUAUCAUGCUUGACGAAAAAUUAAAGAGUGAUUUGAUGAAAAUUGCUCCCAAAAUCUUAUUGCUAACUUAUGACCAUAAUCCAGGAGUUAAAGAAACUAUGAGAGACUUAUGGAGCAAUCUAAUAGAAGUUGAAAAAGAGGAUGAAAUUAUCAUUAAGAGAUGGCCAGAAAUUUUUAAAGAAGCAUAUUCAGGCCUUCACUCAAAAGAGUAUAGAAAAAGAUAGUCAUCUGCUCUAGCUUUAUCAGAUUUUAUGAGUAAGAUGGAAUGGCCGCUUAUCAAGGAUAAAUUCAAAGACCUCUUUUUGAAUUCCUUGGCUUUACUUGAUGAUGAUAAGGAUACAGUUAAGGCAGCAGCUUUUCAACUAGUUAAGACAUUAAGAAGAAUAUCGCUUAGAUUAGGAAAUAUUUACACCAACAGUAAUGUUAAGGAACUUGAAGAAUUCCUCUAGAUUAUAAUUCCUAUGCUUUUAGAUGAAGGAAUUAAGUCCAACAUGAAGUAAGUUAGAUUUUUCUCAGUGGAUCUAUUGACUGAAAUCAUUAAAACAACUCAAAAUAACAGUAUGAUGACGAAACUUAAGAUAUAAAAUAAGCAUGAACGAUAGCUUGUAUUCAACUAUAAUUCUGAGUAGAAGAUGAAAGAAAUCAUGAAUAAAUUCCUUGAUAGAAUCAUACUAGAGUUCAUGAGAAAUCUUAGUACUAUGAAUGAAGCUGUUUCAUAUAUAAAUAUGAUAGAAUAGAUGGCAAUUGGGUAGGGAAUAUCAACCUCAGGCAAAUAGAAAGGUACAUCAGGUUUCAGUGAAUCUGAAUUGACUGACCUUAGAAUUAAAUUUACAAAGGAGUCCAGUUGGGGAGAAGUUUUAAAGAUCUGCCGAGAGUUACUCACUGAAGAGACUUUCAAUAAGAUACUUAAUGAUAUAAUUGCUUUAAUGAGAGGGGGUCAUGAUACUACCACAAAAUCAGCUGCUAUAACUUUUGUUUAGGAUAUCAUUUUGGAGAAUAAAACUCAUCUAAUAACUCCUUAAAAUUCAAGAAAAAUUGCACAGAAGAUGGUAGAAAUCUAUCAAAUGAAUUCAGUCACUACAUGCCUUUAGAUUCCAGAUUCUCUUAAAAGUCUCUACGCACAAUGUCUUGGAGUUCAGAUGAAGAUAAUCAAGGAAUUUCCUAAAACUAUUGACCAAUUAAUUGAAAGUGUGGUAGCUCUUCCUCAAGAAUUAGAUUUCGUAGUAAUACUCAAUAUCUAUGAGAUUAUAAAGAAUAUUCCAGAAUAAAUGCUGAAGAGUGAUUAAGGCAAGAUAAUUGCAAAAGCUAUUCCAGUAAUUUACAUUAACAGAUACAAAAAUUCAGAUUAUGGAAUGAAAACUCUAAGUAGAAAAACCUAUUAAUACCUCUAAGACCAUAUCUCUAAUUUAACUGAAUCUCAUUCAGACUCAAUAUUUGGGAUUAUUAAGACAAGGUUUGAAUCAAUGCAAUAUGAGGAUAGAGUCUCAGCCUCUUAGGCAAUGCAAGAUAUGGUAAUCAAACUAUCAGAUGAUGAUUUGAGAAAUAACACUACUGUCGAUGAAAUAAUGUAAAUGCUGUAGAAGUAAAUUGCUGGCAAGCAUUUCAACGACAAGGAGACAGUAGUCGAAGGCUUUAUGUAACUCUUAAAGCUUAAUAAGAAGUAUCUUAAUGACGUGGACUACAUUAACUAAUAUGUUGAAACUUGUAUCUAGCAAAUAGAAAAGUACUCUUAAAGCUAGUUGAACUACAAAAAUCAAAUUAUGAAAUCUUUGAAACAAGUAUUAGAUAUGACUAGUGUAGUCAAAACAGAAAAGUUAGAAAGAGCCUUUACCUUUCUGAUUUCAGAUUUGAGCAUUUAGCUCCAAAAGAUUAGCGAGUUGGCUUCUAUGAUUGAAACUGUAGAUGAUUUAGAAGAGAAGAAAGAAGAUGAGAAGCAAGCACUUCAGAUAGUAGUGUCCACUUAUGAAUUAUUACCAAGAAUCAUGACUAAUUAAAGUCAAAUCUAGGAUUAUUGUGAGUUAAGCUUUAAGUAUUAUCAGAGAACUAAUUGGAUUAUCAGGAAAUCCGUGCUUGGGUCAUUAAAGUAAAUUCUAGAAAAAUCAAGCAAAGAUGUUCUUGAUUAAAAUCUGAACAUUCUCAUUAAAAAUUUGAUUGCUUCAAUAGCUCAGAGUGGUGAAAAAUAUGAGACAAAUCUGGCUCUUAUUAGUGAUGUCAUUACUACCUAUACUGAGAGAUAUUAUACUGCUGUUGAAAAUAAGGAUGGAUUUAAUCAAGACGUUUUAGCCAUUAUAGAAUUGAUAGUUGCAAAAGGAUAAGAAGAUUUAAAGAAAAAUAUAGACAUUAUAAGAAGAAACAUCAAUAUUUAAUGA